AUGUCUUCCGAUAACAAAGUGGAAAAAUCACCGGCUCAAGAGGGCUAUUACCCCAAGUUUUUGGGUCUGAGCGGCCAGACUCUGCAGAACACCGUCAGCCUGAUGGCUUCGGUUGGAUUUCUGCUCUUCGGAUAUGACCAAGGAGUUAUGGGCUCUCUUUUGACUCUGGAGUCAUUUAGAGACACCUUCCCUUCAAUCGACACGGUCAGACACGCAGACGCUGCCACGAUGCAGGGAUUCACGAUCGCCGUGUAUGAGAUCGGGUGUUUGGCGGGGGCUCUGGCGACGCUUUAUCUCGGAGACAAGCUCGGCAGACUGCGGUGUAUUUUCAUUGGCUGUGUCGUGAUGACGAUCGGAGCCAUCUUGCAAUGUACAGCCUUCAGCGUUGGCCAUCUUAUUGUCGGCCGGAUUGUCACCGGUCUCGGUAACGGGUUCAACACGAGUACGAUUCCCAUGUGGCAGGCCGAGUGCUCGAAGCCAACCUCCAGAGGAAAACUUGUGAUGAUGUCAGGUGCGCUGAUCACGGGAGGCAUUGCUCUUUCGUACUGGGUGGAUUUCGGGUUCUACUUCACCAAAGGCUCUGUUGCAUGGCGGUUCCCUGUGGCGUUCCAGAUGAUCUUCCCGAUCGUUAUUGUGCCCUUCAUCAUGAAGCUCCCAGAAUCGCCUAGAUGGCUCAUCAAAAAGGGCCACUACGAAAAAGCCAGAAUCGUGUUUGCGAGCCUGGACGGCGUGUCCACGACGGACCCAGAAGUCGAGGAGCAGAUCACCGACGUGCGCGUUUCGCUGCUCGAGGAAAAUCUCGACGGCGGCGACACGUUCACGGCCAGCAAGCUGUUCACCCAGGGCGAGCACAGAGACUUUCACAGAAUGUGUCUUGGUCUGUGGUCGCAGAUCUUCCAGCAGAUCACCGGUAUCAACCUGAUCACGUACUAUGCGGGCACGCUGUUCGAGAGCUACAUUGGAAUGACGGCGUUCAACUCGCGGAUUCUGGCCGCGUGCAACGGAACGGAGUAUUUCCUUGCGUCGUGGAUUCCGUUCUUUGUGAUUGAGAACGUCGGCAGACGGAAACUCAUGCUCUUUGGUGCCGCAGGACAGUCCAUCACCAUGGCCAUGCUGACGGUGACAAUGUACCUGUCUGGGGAAAAAGAUGACAGCCGCGCGGCCAUCGCGGCGGCCGUGCUGCUCUUUGUGUUCAACACCUUCUUCGCCAUCGGCUGGCUCGGCAUGACGUGGCUGUACCCGGCCGAAAUCCCGCCGCUCAGUAUCCGGGCCCCGGCAAACGCCAUCUCGACCGCCGGAAACUGGUCGUUCAACUUCAUGGUCGUCAUGAUCACGCCUAUCGCGUUCAAGAACAUCGACUUCUACACGUACGCUAUCUUUGCCGUCAUCAACGCGCUGAUGGUGCCUAGCGUGUACUUCCUGUUCCCAGAGACUGCGGGCAGGUCGUUGGAGGACAUGGACCACAUUUUCUCGCAGUGCGACCCGUGGAAGCCGUGGCAGGUGGUCGGCAUCGCCAGAAGACACCCAAGAACGCAUGGCGUGGGUGCCGACGCCCGGCUGGAGCACGGCAAGGCCAGCGCCGAGAACAUCGAAAACGCUACGGGGUCUAGCGAAUGA